UAUAAAAAGAGAGAGAAAAAAAAAGAAGAAAUAUUUUAAUCGUUAGCUGUUUCACCUUCUAGCAAGCAAAACUCGAUUCCACACCGACUUGAAUCGCCAGACCUGUUGGGAAAAAAUUAUGGUGCUGAUCGAGCCAGAAGAGAAUGAAGAAACGAAUGCGAACGUUAUAAACCCUCCGAAACCACGAAAUCCAUCAUCGUCAACGGCGACAAAAACUACUGAUUCAAGCGACGAUUCGACAGCCGCGGCAUCGGCAACUGUGAAUGGAGACGCCUCCGAUGGCUUUGAAACUGCCAGUGAACGAGAUGUGAGCGAUAACGAAGACGGCGAUGCAAAAGAAGCCAAAGGCAAUCCUGAAGACCAACAACAGCGGCAGCACGAAGAGCAAUCAAAGGAUGACUCCUCUGGAAAUCUUGCGAACGAAGACGAAUUGAAGCAGAAAGCUUUGGCUCAGGCAAAUGAUGCAAAAUUAGAAGGCAAUAAGCUGUUUGGAGAUGGUCAAUACGAGGGAGCAUUAUCACAGUAUGAGCUUGCUUUGCAAGUUGCGCCGGAGAUGCCCUCAUCCGUGGAACUACGUUCAAUGUGCCAUUCAAAUCGUGCAAUAUGUUUCGUGAAACUGGGAAAAUAUGAAGACGCUAUCAAGGAAUGCACAAAAGCGUUGGAACUCAACCCUACCUAUAUGAAAGCUUUGAUUAGAAGAGGAGAGGCUCAUGAAAAGCUUGAACACUAUGAAGAGGCGAUCUCUGAUAUGAAGAAGAUUCUUGAAUUGGAUCCUUUAAAUGAGCAAGCUCGGAGAACCAUUCGUAGGUUGGAGCCUCUUGCCGCAGAGAAGCGAGAGAAGAUGAAGGAAGAGAUGAUAGGAAAGCUGAAGGACUUGGGCAACUCAGUUUUGGGACGCUUUGGAAUGAGCGUCGACAAUUUCAAAGCUGUUAAAGAUCCAAACACUGGCUCCUAUUCAGUUCAAUUCCAACGUUAGGUUGGUCGUUUGUGGUCCUUUCUUCAAUUAAAGAAACAAUACAAGGAUUACAAUCUAUGGUGGAAAUGUAGACAUCGGGAUAGGCUAUUGUUUUUGCCGUUUUCAUUCUCUCGCCUAUUUUGAGGAUUACAUGUUGUAGUUUAUGAAGUCUGGAGGGAUUUGUAUAUUGUUACUGAAUGUUUAUUGCUUGGUUUUUUUUAAUUGAUCUUACACAUUUCCAUUUUU